AUCAGUCCAAACAGACUGCAGUUCUUUGAAUAUGAAGCAGUAACAUUUUACUGUGAUGGGGUCCUUUAUUGUCAAGUUGUUCAUAAAUUCAAAGGGAAAAUAGAAUCAUGUAGCAAAGCUAACAUGAAAACACCAACAGGAUCAUACUGCACCAUUUCAAAUGUUUAUCCAGAGGACAGUGGGGAGUACUGGUGUGAGACUGAAGGAGGGAACAGAAGCAACAAAAUCAACAUCACUGUCACUGUUGGUUCUGUGAUCCUGGAGAGUCCUGCCAUUCCUGUAAUAGAGGAAGGAAAUGUGACUCUGUGGUGCAGAAACAAGACGGCUUCUUCCAACUUCACAACUGAUUUCUAUAAAUAUGGACAUCCCGUCCAUAAUAGCUCCACAGGAAACAUGACCAUCCACAGAGUUUCCAAGUCUGAUGAAGGACUUUACAAGUGCAGCAUUUCAGGAGUUGGAGAAUCAUCAGAGAGCUGGCUCAGUGUCAGAGCAACUAAUCCAGACAUUUGCAAUGAUACAAGACCUUCCACCUGUGAUGCCACACCUUGGAUCAUUUCCACAACUGUAUUCGGUUCACUGAUGUUGGUGGUGGGACUGUAUCACUUGGGCAAAUGUUGCUGGAAGAGAGUCAAUGGUUCAGGCUCCCCCGACGAUCAAACAGUUUCCACAGCAGCCACUAUUGAGAAUCCAGUCAGAGAAAUGUAUGCUGUUAUAAGAAAAAAAAACAGGAAGAAGAAAGAUUUCCCCAGACCUGGUGGUGGACGCUCCCGUGUGAUUUCUGUGUACGGCAGCGUGAGUCGAGAUCUGGAUGAGAGUGGCUGAAGAGGAGUGGUGGUGAUUGUGCUGUGUGUGGAUUUCCUUCCCUCUUCCCCCUGGACCCUAGCUGUGUAUAUAUAUAUAUAGAUAGAUAGAUAGAUAGAUAUGUAUAUCACUGUGGUUUACCCUUUUUCUAAAUAAACUGUCACCUUUCUGCUUACCAGGACUCGUUCUGUGUGUGAGACUGUCCAUUAGCAAUGACACCUAUGCUGAGGCUAGCAAGGAGCAGGCCCAUCCCUCCACCCAUACCCGCUUCUCGGGUGGGGACAGCUGGUGUUUAGCCAGUCUUAGAACCCAAUGACAGUGCUCUGCGCUGCUGGCCACACGGCCAACCUCCUGAACUGCUCUGUGUAGGCCACUGGCUACGUGGCCAGCCCCCUAAACUACUUGUUCUUUGUUUGGAACUCUAAUGGUCCUAAUGACCCAGUGUUUUUGUCUUUUUGGACUUUGUUUAUUAUUGUGCUGAGCUAUGUGUCUUAUUCUUUAUUUGGUAUUGUUUAGUUUCCUUCUGCUUGUAGUUUAAUCAUGUGUAUUUCUAGUUCUUAGUUACUUAUUUAUUUAGUCUGUUCUCUUUCGCGUCCUGUUUGUCUUGGUCUUGACUCUGUUUGUCCUCCCCAGCAUCUCCUGUGUCAGUUAGUUGUAUCUCACUGUAAAGUCUGUCUUGUCACCUUGUUUUGUCUUGUUCGCCGGUUUCCCAUUCAUGUCUCUGUGUAUCUGUCCGGUUUCUGUCAUGCUGUUUGUCCCUCACUCACUCCCCAUUAUUUUGGUGGAGAGUGAGUGAGUGACAGUCUUUUGUCGUGUGCACAUGUUCAGGUGUUUUCCCUCUGCCUUGAUUCCCUCUUGCAUAU